UGUAAGAACAUUUUACUUGCCCGUGGAAUGGUAAACAUAUUUUUUUAAGGGUACAGGCAAAGAAGCUAUGUAACGUUAAUACGACUUUACUUGUAAAGUAAAAAACGUAUUCUUGGCAUCAAACAUGAAGAACCAAUGGGCAAUGAUCGCCAUCCUCAUCCUGACUGCAUAUGUCAUGAAAUCUCAAACUCAAACCAGCACACCAGCACUGCCCGAAGCUACUGAAGACACAACAGACGAGACAUAUCCCACAGACGCAUCAUCAACAGAAGGCUCUUCAUCAUCAGAUGCUAUCUCAGACAGUACUGCAUUCACAUCAGACUUCCAAUCGUUUUCCUCAACAUCACCUGACAUUGGAUCAGAAACUACGUUAGAUGUCAGCACAUCACCAACAGAAAGCACACCAUUAAGUGCUUCAGAAUCAUCACCAUCUGCAAACACAGCCACUACUGAUUACGUUUCAGCUACAUCUCCCCUAUCAGAUUCCACUGGAUCUGUGAGUGCAUCAGAUCCAAAUGCUUCAGAAUCAUCACCAUCUGCAAACACAGCCACUACUGAUUACGUUUCAGCUACAUCACCACUAUCAGAUUUCACUGGAUCUGUGAGUGCAUCAGAUCCAAAUGCUUCAGAAUCAUCACCAUCAGUAAACACAGCCACUACUGAUUACGUUUCAGCUACAUCACCACUAUCAGAUUCCACUGGAUCUGUGAGUGCAUCAGAUCCAAAUGCUUCAGAAUCAUCACCAUCUGCAAACACAGCCACUACUGAUUACGUUUCAGCUACAUCGCCACUAUCAGAUUCCACUGGAUCUGUAAGUACAUCAGAUCCAAAUGCUUCAGAAUCAUCACCAUCUGCAAACACAGCAACUACUGAUUACGUUUCAGCUACAUCACCACUAUCAGAUUCCACUGGAUCUGUGAGUGCAUCAGAUCCAAAUGCUUCAGAAUCAUCACCAUCUGCAAACACAGCAACUACUGAUUACGUUUCAGCUACAUCACCACUAUCAGAUUCCACUGGACCUGUGAGUGCAUCAGAUCCAAAUGCUUCAGAGUCAUCACCAUCUGCAAACACAGCCACUACUGAUUACGUUUCAGCUACAUCACCACUAUCAGAUCCCACUGGAUCUGUGAGUGCAUCAGAUCCAAAUGCUUCAGAAUCAUCACCAUCUGCAAACACAGCCACUACUGAUUACGUUUCAGCUACAUCGCCACUAUCAGAUUCCACUGGAUCUGUGAGUGCAUCAGAUCCAAAUGCUUCAGAAUCAUCACCAUCAGUAAACACAGCCACUACUGAUUACGUUUCAGCUACAUCACCACUAUCAGAUCCCACUGGAUCUGUGAGUGCAUCAGAUCCAAAUGCUUCAGAAUCAUCACCAUCUGCAAACACAGCCACUACUGAUUACGUUUCAGCUACAUCACCACUAUCAGAUCCCACUGGAUCUGUAAGUGCAUCAGAUCCAAAUGCUUCAGAAUCAUCACCAUCUGCAAACACAGCAACUACUGAUUACGUUUCAGAUACAUCACCACUAUCAGAUUCCACUGGAUCUGUAAGUGCAUCAGAUCCAAACGCUUCAGAAUCAUCACCAUCUGCAAACACAGCCACUACUGCUUACGCGUCACCUACAUCACCACUGUCAGGGGCCACUCUGCCUGUAGGUCCAGCAGGCCCAAGCACUUCACCAUCAGCAAACACGGCACAAUCAGCGGCGACAAAUGCCUCCUCCCUCACACAUACAACAUCCCCAACAAAUGCACUAAGUACGCCCCCACCGACAGUCCCUUCUACUAAAACGACUGGCGCCACCACACCUACAACUACAAAACAAACCACAGACCCGUGCAUAGAAUGUAAAAAUGGAGGAACACCAGAAUGUAUGACUAACACUUGUCAAUGUCAAGCCCCAUUUGCUGGAAAAUAUUGUGAGAACAUUCAACCAAAUAUUACCACUGUCAAAACAGCAAAUGUCAGCGUACAAAUAACUAAUUUUAAUUAUACAUCCCAAUAUGGUAAUCAAGAUUCAUCCGAAUAUAAAGAAUUUGUAGAAUUAUUUAAAAAUUUGAUGGAGCCCAUCUACAAGGAAAUUAUUGGAUAUAAAGACAUCAACGUUCUAGAUAUAAGACCGGGAAGUGUAUUUGUGAACCAUACAGUGCUAUUUCAGUAUAGUAAUGACGUGGAUGUCAUUGAAACAUUAAACAACGUGGACCUUGAAAUCAAAAAAUUAUUAAGUGAACAAAACUGUAUCAGCAAUACAAGCACGACUGAAAGAGCCAACUGCAAUGGAUUUAUAUUGAAUGCGGAGAAUACCACAGUAAUAGACGGAGACGACCUUGAUAUAAAUGGCAUUUGUAUCAACUUGACUGACUCAAGCAAAAUAGAUUUUGAAGUUUUCCCCAUCAGUGGAAGUUACAUUUGUAUAAAUGAGUGUCACGCGAACUACAGCACAUUAUUCUGCCAAAAUGGUGGACAAUGCGAGAUCACUGAAGAGAAGCCACGUACUCCAGUAUGCUAUUGCCGAGAUUUUUACAUUGGUAUAAAUUGUGAAAAAAUUGACGCCGGUCUGGUUGCUGGGAUCACCGUACCACUCGUUGUGUUGCUCAUGGCCACCAUUAUUUUGACUGUGGUGAUGAUCAAGAGAAGCAAGAAAAAAAAAGCUUCUAAAGCCAGCGUCAGAAACUACGAAUACGCUGAUGAACAUUGGAAAGGAGAAAAUGAUGACUCGCCAGGUUCCCACGACAACCCACUCUACGAUCCCUCCUCAGACAAAAUAGAAGACGUCAUUCCACCUGGAGUCUUUAAACCCACCCUUGAAAAUGUCACCCAAGAAGUGAUAACAUUCCAAAGACCUGAGAUAACCAUACUUUAAAAUAGCUGUGGGCAAUACGUGGAUCGCAAAAUACUUUUGUGGCUCUCAGGACAAAUCACAACAAACAUCUCUCCCAUCCAAUUACUAACCAGGCUCGGUCCUACUUAGCUUCAGAGAUCGGACGAGAUCGGGCACAUUCAGGGUGAUAUUGGGUGUGCCCCGGUGGCAAAAAGUUAACUACCUCGCCUGGUAUACAAGAGGUCAUGGAUUUUAUUCCAACCCUGACGCCUGCUGAAUAUUUGGAGUUUGCAUGUCUCUCUCCCCGUGGUCGCGUGGAUUUUUCUCCUGGUUCCUCCGGUUUUUCCCUCCACAUUUAGAAACAUGUCUUUAGAGUUCGGUGUCUUGACCAUCGUUGCUUGAAAUGUAAAUGAACACUCAAACACUGACGGCUGUGUUCCAUCGAUUUGCAAUGGCGAUUACGUUCGAUAGCAUAAAGGACAGAUACCGCGAGAACAAACCAAUAAUUGUGCUGUGAAGGGACUACAAAACGAAGAAACAUUCCCCAAAUGUUAUUCACCUUCCAUGUGCCCCCCUUAAAGUACAGGGACUCCUCUACUUACGAACGAGUUAGGCUCCAGAGGUCUAAAUUUCGAUUUAAAGCUUUCGUGACUGCAGGGAUUCAUCUUCUUGGUUCUUUCGGUAAAAUCACGUAGAAGAGAAAUAAUAAAAAUAAAACAUAAUAAAAUACAAUUCUCACGACGUUUCGGCCACAACGCAAGCAGAAAGACAGCUGUCUUUCCGACAGACCUGUUCUUCACCUGAGGACGGCUGCUUGCGUUGUGGCCGAAACGUCGUGAGAAUUGUAUUUUAUUAUGUUUUAUUUUUAUUAUUUUAUUAUUUCCCUUCUACGUGACUCCAGAGGUCUGUUCGUAAGUCGAUUUGUUCAUGAGUCCAACUUCACUCCUGUCGAUUCCAAACGUGCUGUAUUAGCGUGUACACUAAACACAGGGAAUGGCUUUAAAAGUUGCAUAAUCUUCUGUAGAUGCAGAUGCCACUGGUUAUUCAUGUUCUGCAGAUGUAGAUGCCACCACAGCCAUCUAUCACGCUGCGGUUGAACUUACUACCCUCUGUCCAAACAGGCAAAUGCACAUGCGGACAGGUUUAUUCGUUCUUGAUUUGAAGCUUUAGUGACUGCAGGAAUCCAUACUCUUUGGUUCUUUCGUAUCUCUGAAAGUCGUAAAUUGAAUGUUCUUAAGCAGAGGAGUCCCUGUACUGUGAAAUGUCGGUGGUAAACGGUGGCAAUUUAUUAACUAAACAUUGAUUGGUUUACACGGGAGAUAUUAUUUACAUAAAAACAUGAUAUGCACUAAAGUGGUUAUUUUUCACUUGUCACAUUGAUGAUUUUAACACAUAAUUUAGAAUGGCUGCACUUUUCUGACAACAAGAUUUACACUUUAACCAAUUCACCGAGUUUACGUCAUAUAUUUUUUUCAAUGUAAUAUAUACGUGAAUCAUAAAGAGUCAAUUAUU